AUGAAGCCUGAUCACUGCCAUGGAACGGAAGAAAAGAACGAGACGGUUGAAAUCACUCUCAGAACCAUCGGUCCUUCACCUCCUUCUCGCCUCAUGGUCCCCUCUCCCAUUGAAGUGCAUGAUUUGAGAAAAUUGAUUGCUGGGGCUAGUCACUUACCCAUUGAUGACAUGAGGCUUAUUUUUCGAGGGAAUGUGUUGCUUGACAAUAGAAAUGGUGAUGCCACAAUGAUCCAACUUCAUGAUGGAGAAAGCUUAAUUGUUGCCCACAAACCGAAGCCACCUGCUAAGCAUAUUCAGGAUGAUGAUGAUGAAGAUGACAGUGAAGACCUGAAAUUUCAGCUUCCACAGACAACUGGUAGGUGGAAGAGGAGGCUUUUCUUCUUCUUACGUGAUAAGAUCAAACUUCCUGAUAUGCUUUUGAUGGCAAUUUUCUCUCUAAGUCUAAAGAUAUGGGCUGUUAUCAUUAUAUGGUUUAUUCUGGCACCUGUUGCCCAGAGAUUGGAAGUUGGACCUUUAUAUAUACUUGGAACGGGGUUUGCUAUAAUUUUCUAUAAUCUUGGCCAUCGGCAGCCUGGCGAUGUAAGUGCAUAUUCUGUCUUCAAUGAAGAUUUUAGAGAAAUUCCUGGAACUCUCAAUGCAGAUCGGCUUGACAGAGACAUUCGAGCUGGCCAGUUUUGA